UAGCAUAUAGUGGUGUGGAGCCCUUAGCUGGGCCUUUGCUUUGCUGGCUUCAAGCUCUCCAAUCUCCAUUGUUGGUCUUUUAUGGGGCUUGUAUGCUGAAGAGAAAGAGAAAGUUUUCAUUUUUUCAGUUUUGCCCACUAUUUUCCUCCCCUAAGACCUUUUUUAAUGCUCCCAUUCACUUUCUCCGCUUGUUCAACAAUCUCAUCGUCUUCCACAAGCACUUAUUGGAAUACAUGAACCAAAAGUCUGCUCCUUGUUUUUGACCCCAUGGAUCCACAGAUCUAAUGGUUCCCUACCCACGUGACCUUCUAGAUCUUCCUCCAAUUCAGCUGUUGCAAAAAGCUGGUUCCAACAAGCAGAAGCAAUCAAAUUAGGAAUUGGUGAAUAGUUGAGCUGAGAAAUAGAGGGCAAUACUGAUACUGUUUAGGAUUGGAAUUUUGGGGGCGGAGGGUUUAAUUUAAGUUGUUCUUACAUGUGGAGAUUUUGGAGGUUGUUUGGAUGAAAUGAGGGAUGUUAUCAGAGUUGAUGAACUUCUUGAGGUCCUGUUUUCGGCCGAGGUCGAAUCGAUACGUUCAUACUGGUGCAGAUUCCGGGGGUCGCCAAGACGGGCUCCUGUGGUACAAAGACAUAGGCCAGCACAUAAAUGGUGAUUUCUCAAUGGCUGUAGUUCAGGCCAACAAUUUACUUGAGGAUCAGAGUCAGCUGGAGUCGGGUAGUUUGAGCACACAUGAAUCUGGCGCCUAUGGUACUUUUGUUGGUGUUUAUGACGGCCAUGGGGGGCCAGAGACGUCACGCUAUAUCAAUGAUCACCUCUUUCAACAUCUCAAGAGAUUUUGUUUGGAGCAGCAGUCCAUGUCUGUGGAGGUAAUACGAAAAGCAUUUCAAGCAACAGAAGAGGGUUUUCUUUCCGUAGUUACUAGGGAGUGGCCUAUGAAACCACAGAUUGCAGCAGUAGGAUCAUGCUGCCUUGUUGGUGUUAUUUGUAAUGGAACUCUUUAUAUCGCUAACUGUGGUGAUUCCCGUGCUGUUUUGGGAAGAAUAAUGAAGGCAACAGGGGAGGUGCUCUCUAUUCAGUUGUCACAAGAGCACAAUGCCUCUAUAGAAUCUGUGAGACAGGAGCUGCAAUCCUUGCACCCUGAAGAUCCACAUAUCGUAGUUUUGAAGCAUAAUGUAUGGCGUGUGAAAGGCUUAAUACAGAUUUCUAGAUCUAUUGGUGAUGUGUAUUUAAAAAAGGCUGAGUUUAACAGGGAGCCUUUGUUUUCCAAGUUUCGUCUUCGCGACCCUAUCAAAAGACCAAUUUUGAGCGCUGAUCCAGCAAUUUCAGCGAUCCAAUUGCAGCCACAUGAUCAAUUUAUUAUAUUUGCAUCUGAUGGGCUCUGGGAACACCUCACCAAUCAGGAAGCAGUGGACAUAGUUCAAAAACAUCCACGAAAUGGAAGUGCAAAAAGGCUGAUAAAAACCGCCCUGCAAGAAGCAGCAAAAAAGAGAGAGAUGAGGUAUUCGGACUUGAAGAAGAUUGACCGUGGGGUUCGCCGCCAUUUCCAUGAUGACAUAACGGUGAUCGUCGUGUUUCUUGACUCAAACCUUGUGAGCAAGGCUAGUUCUGUCAAGGGCCCGAACCUAUCGGUGAGAGGAGGUGGAAUCAACCUGCCUCCAAACACUCUGGCUCCAUAUGCCACGACAACGGAAGCUGGCAGUACCUGAGCAAACGGUAUCUCUCAUGUGUGUUUAUCUGUGGUACCAUUAUCUUGUGUUAAUACGAGGAGGAGCCGGCCUUCAAUUCUUUAAUGUACACUGUAACUUUUGACUGGGAAUCUAAUACUUGCAUUUAGCUUCUGUGUCAACAACGGACAGGAACUGGAGAAGACAAGAAGGUGACAGUUCACAGCUAUAUUUCCUUCACAAUGUUCUUAUCCUUUCCUUUUUUCUUCUUUUUUUUUUCUUUCUAAAUUUCCGUCGGCAUUUCAGAUCUGUAAAUUUGUACGACAUGGCGAAUUAAGUAUUUUUACUUUCAUUUA